UCCCCACCGAUUCACUGGGAUCUCUUGUCCAAGACUGGCUCGGCCCGAAACGUCAGCUUUUGUGCUCCUGAGAUGCUGCUGGACCUGUUGUGUUCAUCCAGCCUCACAUUUUAUUAACUGGAGAAGAGUCCAUGAAGGUGCAAAUCAACUCGUGCAUCUGCAACAGACCCAGCUGGAGAUCAAACACCAUCAGCGAAAACAACUUGCAAAGAUGAUCUCAGACCUGCUGAGUUGCUCCAGCUUUUAUUUUGAUUUUAUUGUGGAGGAAAUCAGAGUCAUUUUACAGGUUGAAAGAACAUUUGGGACCAAAGACAGAUAUGUGGAAAGAAACAAAGUGAACAAAUGAUGCAAAAGAUAUUGCCCAAGAAAGAGGAACGACAAAGAUGAAAGAGUGAAGAUAGGUGAACAGCAAUCACUGUGGAGCAGAAAAUGUACUGAGUGACAAGAGAAGAAGAAGCUUCUUCGGUGCGGCUGGCAGACGACGAAGAUAUUCGGAUUUGCAGAUUGAGAAGUAAUACUUGGGAUUUCCCUCCGGCACGAUAAACACCCCCAUGGCGUGAAUCAUGAAAUGAAAAGUUGUAACUCGCAACUUCGCGUUGGAAAAUCUGCGGGCUGUUGACUGAAGGCGCUCCAAGAAAGAAAAAGAAAGUUUCGAAAAAAUCCUGACAACUUUCGAUUGCCAAGUUUCAGUGCUCAGUUUCCCUCCUUUUGCGAUCGAAUUGGUUUCGGUGCAGAGUCCCAGGACUUCUGGGUGUCAGACUCGAUGAUAUGGCUCGUUGGGCUCAAGGAUAUCAGGAGGUAGAAUAGAGGAGAGAGAAAAAACAUAUCAUUUGGAAUCUCUGUUCUCUGUUUUCCCUCAACACCUUUCGCCAGUACAGACGUGGCGGACUUUACACCUCCAGAUGGAUCCAGGACGCAGGCCAGCUUUCAGGGCAGCCAGACUGAUACCUGGGCUGUUUGAGUGUGGAUUGCUCUUGUGUUGGGGAACAGUUUCCUUGUCUACCCUCACGGUCUCAGGAAUUGUUGGGGAAAGUGCUCUUCUGCCCUGUGUGGAUAGCUCUACAAAAAUUCAUGCUAUUGAUGAGAUACGUGUGUACUGGCAGAUGGCUGACCAGUUAGUCCAUGCCUUCCACUCAGGCAAAGAACAAGAUAACCAGGACUACAGCAAUAGAACCAAACUUUUUACCAAAGAGUUCAAACAAGGCAACUUCUCUCUUCUCCUGUCUGACCUCCGAGUGAGUGAUGAAUCUGAAUACACCUGCGUAGUUCAGAUGGAACAGCAGACAGGGUAUGACGUGGUUCUAUCUGCAUCAGUCAGUUUGCAAAUAGCAGCUGACUAUACAGAUCCGGUGUUGACUGCAGAAUCCGAGCAGGAUCAUGGAUCGUUUGUGAAGCUAAAUUGUUCCUCAUGGGGUGGGUAUCCAGAACCACUUGUAUACUGGACUAAUGACAUCUCAAACACCCUUCCUGAAAACAAUACAGUUAAGAAUGGCAUUAAUAUUUCUCGUGAAGGACUGUACAGCAUUACCUCCAUCCUCUGGAUCCAAGCUACAUCACACUCGACAUAUACCUGCUCUAUAUACAAUCCCAAGCUCCAGAAGAAUAAAACUGCAACAUUACAUUGGAAUGUUUCUGAAGGAGACUGUGAAAAGAUCAGUGUCAGUGACACACAUCACAGAUGGAUUACGCCAGUGGUUUUAGUCACAUUACUCUUUGUGGUUUUACUGGCAAUUUACAUUUUGCUGAAAUAUUUUCCCAAGACGUCACUGAAAGGACGUGGUUUGGCUGCAGGAGAGUGUGAGCUAGCUACGCUAAAUGUUGUCAAUCCUAUAUUAAAGAAAAGAAGCCACAUUCAGGAUGGCCAAGAUCAUAUCGAAACUGAACUGUUUACCAAAGAAUUAGAAGACCAUAAAGGAGAGAGACUGAAGUGUGAAUUACUCUGUUGUCAAUGAAUGUUUGUUCACUCUCACAGACAUGACAGGUAAACCAAUAUGGAAGUGUUGAACAUUGUUGAAUUUGCUUGGGUGGAAAUGGUACAUAGUUUACCCAGUGAAGGAUGCCGGACCAGAUCACUGAAGAUUGCUUUCACCAUGGCACUGUCCCAAUGAACAAAUGUUGCUGGGUCAUAAGCAUCACCUUCCAUCCUGUAGCAGCACUAUUUUGUGACCUGACGAGGCUACAAAGAGAUUGACUAUAAUUAAUGCACAAUGAUGUGCUUUUACCAGAAUUCUGGGCCUCCAGAAUUUAGGGCCCAGGCAAGUGAAGACUCAGACAAGAAUGGUCAAACAAUGGAUAUCAGGGAUGUGCAAGAGGCCAGAGUUUGAGGACUCCAAUACUUAUGUGGUUUGAAGUGCUGGUUACAGGUAUAGGGAGGGACAACGCCUGGAAGGGAUCUAAAAAUUAUAAUAAGUUUUAAAGUUGAACUUUUGCCAAACCAGGUGUAAGUUUCCAUGUUUAAUUUUGAGACUCAUUCCCUGGGUAUUCAGGUUACUGACUUCUGUCAGCUGGCAGACACCCAUGGCCUUACAGCCUUCAGUAAUCUGCAGGUGUUUUGAUAGUGCAACAUCCAAAGAGGUGGUUCUGAACUUGUCAUUUUCACAAUCUAAAUGCAAAUAACUCAUUGGGGUUUGAAAUGUCAGUAGCUACUCCCUUUUGGUCACCCAGGCUCAAAUUCAAAUCUUUGGUCUUGAUGAAUGUGAAAUUUCAUGGAGCUACUGUCACUUUCAUGGAUUGAAAAAAAUUAAGUGCAAAAUAAGUACAUUCAGUGCCAUGGGCUAUUUCUGACUUUAAGCCCAAUGCCACCUACAGGUUAUAUUAGGUUUCACAUCCUGUAAUAUGUGCUGGUUGACAUUGCUCACGUCAUGAAUAUGGUUCAUUCUGACUUAAUGAUAACUAACUUCCUGAAAAAAAAACUCUCAUUACGGGUUAAUCAGCAAUGUAUUUAUUGUUAAACUUUAAAUGUCAGUAUAAAAUUUCUAAUAAA